AUGGCUAGAGACCUCCUUCUCUGUUACCUCUUCGCGGCAGCGCUGACAUCCCUGACAUCUGCCGGCCACGAUAAUCGUGACUACUCGCCUUGUUCAGAUUCCAUCGUCGCGGUCGGCGAUGGAUUCACUUUCGGAAUUGCCUUAGCGGGGAAAGACUAUUUCUCUGGCACCAAUCGUACCGUUUGGUAA